AUGGGGGAGAAGGGAUUUAAACCAGAUAGAUUUACCUAUGCGACCAUAAUUAACGCUUUGUGUAAGGUAGGUGAAACCGAUCUGGCCAUUAACUUGCUUAGGAAGAUGGAAGAUGCAAAUUUUGUACUUAAUGCAGCAUCGUAUAAUACAAUCAUUUGCAUUUUGUGCAAGGAUGGAUUGCUGACUGAUGCCUUGAAACUUUUUUCCACAAUGACGAGUAAAGGCAUUCAGCCAAACCAUUUUACUUACAAUCCCUUAAUUCAGGGCCUAUGCAAUUUUGGCCAUUGGAAAGAGGCUGCUAAAUUAGUGGCUGAGAUGGAAGAAAGGAAUAUCAUUCCAGAUGUGCAUUCUUUCAAUAUAUUGGUGGAUGCGCUUCUAAAAGAGGGGAAGAUGACGGAGGCAAAAGAAGCUCUUCAUAUGAUGACUGAGAAAGGCAUCGAGCCAGAUAUAUUCACGCACAACUCUUUGAUUGAUUGUUAUUGUCAGCGAAACAAAAUGAAUGAGGCAGUCAAAACAUUUAAUAUGAUGGUUAGGAGGGGUUGUUCUCCUGAUAUUGUUAGCUAUAACACAUUAAUCAAUGGAUAUUGUAAAAGUAAGAGAAUUGAUGAGGCAAUAAAUCUCUUUCAUGAAAUGUUAGACAAGAGAAUGAUUCCCAAUGCUGUCACUUACAAAACUCUUAUAGGUGGGUUUUGCCGAGUGGGGAGACCUGUAGCUGCGUUAGAGCUACUUCAUGAGAUGCAAGCUUCUGGAGAACAUCCUAUUCUACAAACUUAUGCCAUUUUGUUAGAUGGUCUUUUUAAGAACGGAUAUUUUGUGGAGGCAAUGGCAUUGUUUCAAGAGAUGGUAGACAAAAAGUUGGAAAUUGAUAUUGUGAUUUACACCAUCUUGAUUGAUGCUAUGUGUGCUGCGGGAAAACUUGUGACUGCAAAAGAACUCUUUUGCAGUCUUUCUACCAAAGGGUUGCAACCUAAUGCUUGCACUUACACUAUAAUGUUCAAAGGACUAUGCAAAGAGGGACUAACAAAUGAAGCCUGCGAGCUGCUUGAGAAAAUGAAUGGUAAUGGUUGCUUGCCUGACAGUGUCUCAUAUAACACAAUUAUCCAAGGAUUACUGCAACAUGAUGAGACAUCAAGGGCAGUAGAAUAUAUUGAAAUAAUGGUUGACAAGGGUUUCUCUGCAAAUGAAACAACUGCGACCAUGGUGAUUGAGUUGUUGUGUGCUAAUAAAGUUGAUAAGACAAUUCGAGAGUGGUUUGAGAAGCUUUUGUAAAAGGCUUUCUUGGUUUUCAAUGCCAAGAACAUCUAUAUACUUCAACACUUAACUAGCUGAUCUAAAGGGAAUGUUUAUUUACUUUAAGUGAAUGUUAAAUCUCUCAUUUUUAUGGGCAAGAUUGAUCAGUCCUCCGCCUCUAUUAUCUUUCAUUGAAAUUUUUGACUGAUGGAAAGUAAUUGCUGAGGAAAUUAGACUCUGGGAUUUUGGUGGUUAUAUCUCCAUUGUUUUCUGAUGUGAAUGUUUUUAAAUUUUCCCUGA